AUGUGGGAGGUAGGGGUUGAUCUCGUGAUUAGGCUGUUCUGUGAAAAGGGUAAGAUGGAUGAGGCCUUAGUGUUAAUAGAGGAGAUGAGUUUGAUCGAUCUUUAUCCUGAUAUGGUGAUAUUUUUCACAAUGGUUAAAGGGAUUUGUGAUUUGGGUAGGAUCCAAGAUGCUAACAGAUUGUUUAAGAUUGUAAACCAACAUGGAUUACCUCCAAAUGUUGUUGCAUAUUCUGCACUUCUUGAUGGGGUUUGCAAAGUUGGUGAUUUAGAAAGAGGGUUAGAGUUAUUAGAUGAAAUGGAAAAAAAACGUGGGAGUUGUUCUCCAACUGUAGUCACUUACACAUCUAUAAUCCAAAGCUUCUGUGAAAAAGGUAGAUCAAUGGAGGCAUUCACCAUUUUAGAUCGAAUGGAAGCUUGUGGUUGUGCACCAAAUAGGGUCACAAUCAGUACCUUUAUCAAUGGCCUUAUCAAGGAGGAUAGAGUAGAUGAAGCUUAUAAGUUGAUUGAUAGAGUUGUAGCUAAAGGGAGUGUUUCAAAAAGUGAAUGCUAUAGCUCUCUUGUGGUGACAUUUUUCAGGGGUGGAAAAUUUGAAGAAGGUGAGAAGGUGUUUAGGAGGAUGUUGGGUGGUGGUUUGAAGCCAGAUGGGGUGGCAUGUAGUGUUUUGUUGAAGAAGAUGUGUUUAAAGGAAGAACGGGUGUUGGAAGGUUUUGAGUUGUAUAAUGAGAUUGAGAAAUUAGGGUUUGUGAUUUCGAUUGAUUCAGAGAUUUAUUCUAUCUUGAUGGAUGGGCUUUGUAGGAAAAGGCAUUUGUUGGAAGCUUCAAAGCUUGCUAGGUUAAUGGCUUAG